GCCUUCCACACAGAUCUAAGCCAGCUGCCAUGAUUUAAACACUUCACUGCAAAGAGAGAGUGGAAGCGAAGGGGAAGCCGCAUGCAUCCCCCCCUACCAGUGUGCUCAGAGGACAGAAGCAAGGCAACGGCAGGCUCUAAAAAAUAGAGAUGAGCAACAACAAAUUGUGGAUUUUUGGUUUGCUGGUAGGUAGGAGAAUUUAGGAGUCCGAAGACUUAAGUCUCAAGACUUAAAGGGCCCCUGAGAGGAGGGGGGUUCUUUCAAGUGACCUCUGUGGGGGUUAAGCAGAAUCAGUUAGUGUGAAGCUCUGUGGAGGAGGGAACAGUUAGUGGGAGGUGGGAGGCCACACUGGGGGCUCCUGCACUGCUCAAGAUAGAAGACAAAGCAGUUACCCGAGGAAGCAGGGCAAGAAGAGAGGAGGAGAUGGCCACUGGAGAAAUCACCACACUUCCUUCCACACCUGAAGACGGCGGCAGCGGUGGCUUUCCUCCGGGGGGCUUUAAAGAUCCCAAAAGACUUUACUGUAAAAACGGGGGCUUCUUCUUGAGGAUAAGGUCUGACGGGGGAGUGGAUGGAAUCCGGGAGAAAAGCGACCCCCACAUAAAGCUUCAACUCCAGGCGACCUCAGUGGGGGAGGUGGUCAUCAAAGGAGUUUGUGCAAAUCGCUAUCUGGCCAUGAACAGAGACGGACGACUGUUUGGAGCGAGACGAGCGACAGAUGAAUGCCACUUCUUGGAGCGACUCGAGAGCAACAACUACAACACCUACCGCUCCAGGAAGUACCCCAACAUGUACGUGGCACUGAAGCGGACUGGUCAGUACAAGUCCGGGAGCAAAACUGGACCGGGUCAAAAGGCCAUUCUCUUUCUUCCAAUGUCAGCCAAGUGCUAAUCUGGGAUUUCGUUGAAGAUAUACUUUGUGUCUUAACUUAAGCGACAAAGAAGAAGAUGUGACGGCAAUGAAGACACAUUUGGUUGAACCAUCAAUCAUUGCCCAAAAUAGCUGUGAUGCUUCUCACUGUUUUAUCCUCGACAUGUCCGCUCAUGACCCGGCUUCACUUUCACACACUCUCAAACACGGCUUUUUCACUGUGGACUGAACCAGCUGCUGCACGGGGGGCAUCUGGAGCCAGGUGCAACUCUUCUCUGGCACCCCAGCUUUUAGUUAUUUUCACCCGUACAACUUCUCUCCUCUGACUGAGUUCUAAAAUACAACACACAUUUGCUGGAUUAAAAAGGGGAAAAAGACUGGUGAAUUAUACAUUUUUAAAACUUGAAAACAAGAGAAAAGGGAUUUUAUUUCAUGAUCUUGUGAUACCAAAUUUAGUAUGACAAAAAGAAAGAUACAAAACACAAGCUCUACAUACAGUCUUUAACACCACUCAGUAUCUUGACACACUUUAAAGGAUGCAGAAAAUGUUUCCUGAGCUUGUUGUUACUUUACCUGCUGAUUCAACUGGGCUUCUCUUUUCUACUUAACUUGAGAAUUGUGCUAAAUGGCACCAGAGAAAAGCGUUAUAAAUAUUGGGUUUAAAAAAACAAAAAAGAAAAGCUAAAUUAGCUACUCGUCAACGAUUUGUUAGCUUACACUG